AUGUCGAAUGACGAAGACUUCUUGUCCGAAGAAUCCUAUGAAUUUGAGUUUGAGGAAGACGAUGAAGAUGAAAUCGAGGAACAAGCUUCAGAUAGCAAUGCACUAGAGAAUAGAUAUUAUAAUGCUAAGAGCUUGAAGGAGGACGAUGUGGAAAGUGCAAUUAAAGAAUUUAAAAUAAUUAUCGAAUCAUGUCAUUCUGAGGAUGAAAAUGAAUGGUCCUUUAAAUCGGCUAAACAGCUUAUCAAGAUUUGCGUUCACUUAGAGAGAUAUGAGGAAGCAAUAAAAUAUAUGCAGCUUUUACUCAAACUUGCUAGUAAUGUUGAGCAGAGCUACGCUGAAGAUUCUAUAGGAAAAAUUCUUAGUAAUUACUCCGUAUGCAAUGAUGCUGAAUUUGUAAACCGUUUAGGUGAUAUAAUAUUAAGUUAUUUGAAUUCUCUGAAUUCGAGUAAGAAUGGAGACAGAUUGUGGUUGAGAAUAAACAUCAAUCGCCUCUAUUCUUUGCUUGAAAAGAAAGACUACAAUAUUUGUCCUCAUUUGAUGAGUGACAUCGAAAUGAAAUUGAAAGAGGUAUCAGAUACUACAAAAAACUCAUUCUCUCUAGAGGUAAUUGCGGCUGAAAUCCAAUAUCAUCUACGUCCUGGACAGAUGGAUCUCAGAGAACUAAGUUCUCUUCAUAGAAAGAGCUUUACUGUCUCCUCAGCCGUCAGCCAUCCAAGAUUUAUGGGGAUUAUCAGGGAAUGUGGAGCUAUACUAUAUUUCUAUAGAGGAAACUAUGAAAAGGCCCGUUUAGAGUUUUACGAAUGCUUUAAAAAUUAUGAUGAGGCAGGAUCCUCGUGUAAAAAGAAAAUUUUGAAGUAUUUGGCAUUAUGCUCUCUUUUAACUGAGAGUGAAGUAAAUCCAUUUGAAUCGCAAGAAACUCAGACGUAUUCUCAAUUUCCUGAAUACGCUAACUUGCUACUUCUCAUAAAGAGCUAUGAUCAAUUUGAUAUAGAUAGCUUCAACAGCAUCAUUUCUCGGAUGCAUAGAGAAAACGACCCUUUACUGAAUGAUGAGAUUUUCGAGAAAGCUUCAAAAGAAAUUUUAAAAAAUUUGAAAGCCAGGACACUUAUCCACAUAUUAGGCUCAUUCAAGACUGUAAAAUUCAGCUUUAUAAAAAAUAAGCUUGGGGUAAACCAAGAAGACCUUGAGAAAAUUAUUUUUAAACUAGUGAAUCAAGGAGACUUGUGGAACUUAAAAUUAGAUUUCGUGAAUGACUAUGUUGAAACAACCAACUCAGAAACCAAAUUAAUAAACUCUCGUAUCAAAGCAAAAGAUGUUUACGUCAAUUUUAAAACGUUGGAUGCUUUCUCUGGAUUUCAGGGCCCUUCUGAGGAGCAAAUCACUGAUGACAAAAUGGAUAUUGAUGCGGAGAGACAAAAUUCAUCUUCAUUAUACGAGCAGGGCUCUGAGUAUGGUAUUACUUCUGAUACUUUACUGGAUCUGGCACCACUCAUAUCUAAAGUCUUAUAUUUCACCGAGAGGCCUUCUUUAGUUUCUGAUUGGUUCGGUACUAUUGAAAGCUGGCUCCAAUGUCUUUCUAGUGCAAUCCCAUCUCGUGUGAAGCACGAAUUGAGUCAGAAAGAUCAGAUUUUUUCUGAGCAGAGGGCUGAAAACUUAUACAAUUCCGCUAAUGCCAUCGGAAGUAGUAAUUUGGACAACAGCCGCUCCAACUUUCAAAAUGGUAUUCCGAAUGCAUCUAGUGAUGAUAAUCAGGAAAACUUCCAAGAUAACGAAGAUGAGCCAAAUUUGGAGAAAGUUGAACUUUUGAAAAAUUGGUGUGAUGAGCUUGAGAGUAGCUUUUGUCAUGCAAGCACUAAGUUUCGUCAUGAAGGAGUGAAUUUAGGUAAAAAUUUAUAA